AGUGCUCGGAAGGCCACCGUCCGCCAUCUGCGUGACGGGUAUUCUAGCCAUUACAGCAUCUUCGGUCCAUUCAAGUUCCACUGCAGUUCCUCUUAACCUAAUUUCACAAGGCACCCCGCUAGACAUCAAGUUUAUAAGUGAUUAAGGUGUCCGAGCAGUUUCCUAUUUCUUAUUUGAGUUUUGUGAUAUAACGGAUCAAGCAAUCAAAUUAUGAGUGGUUUUUAAAAUGUAGAAAAUUUAAAGUGAUAACGAUGCAAAAAUGGUUCGUCUUUUAAAAUUCGAUUAAUUCAGUUCAAGUAACUGUAAAUACAGGCAAAGGUGUAAUUUAGUAGUGGGGAAGUGGUAUCACGGGUAUGUGAUACCACUUGAAAGAAACCACCACGGAAAAACCCAAGAAAGCAGAUAAGCGUCAAAAAAGGAAAAGAAUAUCCGAUAUGAGGGUCGACUUCCGCGGUCUGAAGUGUGCCACCGCGCUCCGUGCAGGAGUUAAGGCUGCGAUGUACGAAAGCAGUUGUUCUUAUGCUGGGGCUCUAGAAUUGAAGCGAAGCGCCCUUAAAGAGGAACCAUGGCCUGCUACGGAAUGGCCGCCGUACCGUCUCCACCAGUCAACAUUCGAGCAAUUAAAGCAGAGCGUAGAGAAGGCAAAAGCUGCCCUCCAAGAUAGAUCUGGACUGCUGGGAACAGCUACAGCGUUCGGUGACUUUUACGGUGGCCAACUAGGUCAGGAUGCCUCUAGCACUGCACUGGGGUUCGGAAGGACUACACGGGCAGAUGAGACGAUGUUGGGGUCUAUAGACAAGAACAAAAUUGGUUCCGAAAAACUUGGAAGUGGUCUCAGCAAAGGAUAUUCUACACCAACUCUCUCUGACACACUACGCGCCACAAAAUGCACAGAUGCCUCAUACAAGAGUACUUGGUCCACACAUGCAACGUCACAGGGUUCACAAGGCUAUGGCUCCAACUCCUUAUCCGCGAUGUCGAAAUCGACAUUGGACGCGCACACACAUCUUCGUCAACCGGAUCCAUAUCAAAUGUUCGGUCCUACAAGCAGUCGCCUAGCGAAUUCAGGUUCCGGGCAAAUUCAACUAUGGCAGUUCCUCCUUGAGCUAUUGAGCGAUUCAAGCAACGCGGGAUGCAUCACCUGGGAGGGCACCAACGGCGAGUUCAAGCUCACAGAUCCCGACGAGGUGGCCAGGAGGUGGGGCGAGAGGAAGUCAAAGCCCAACAUGAACUACGACAAACUCAGUCGCGCUUUAAGAUACUACUACGACAAGAAUAUAAUGACGAAAGUGCACGGAAAGAGAUACGCGUACAAGUUUGAUUUCCAAGGGCUGGCGGCGGCCACGCAGCCGACCGCCAGCGACCCGGCCUACAAGUACCAGAGCGACCUGUUCAUGAGCUCAUAUCACCACUCUGCUAAACUGUCCUCUUUCAUGGCUCCACACGCGGCGAUGCCUACAUCCACAGCGUCGAUAUUCCCUUCAGCGUCGUGGAGCAACUGGGGUGGAGGGGGGAGCAACCUCUACUCCCCCCACUCGAUGGCGCCUCCCCACGUGACGUCACAUUUGGGCUCCUAUCCACAUUACGCAUGACCGUCCUUCUAAGACAAGGGCACUGUAAACGACGACAAUUUGUAAAAGGUAUAAUUAUUUCAACACCAUUCGGUGUUAUAUUGUACGUUUCGUAAUUUCUUGUACUGUGAGUUCUACUGCGACUGCGAGCCUAAAGUUGAAAGAGACUUUUUAUAAAUGUUUUUGAUAAACCGUCACAUACAUAUAUUUUGUUAUCCUAUUUCCAACCUUUAUACACCAACGACAUUUUAUUUUGGCACUUACUUUUGUAUCAAAAUAUUUAUAAAAGAUGUCUUUAAAGCUCAAUACUUUUCCUUUUUAAUGACCAUUUGUUGAUUUUCGCUCCAACUAAAAAGCAAUAAAAAUCACAAAUAAAAUGUCACGAUGAAUGUUGUUAAAUAUGUCAGAUAUGUGUGAAUUGGCUUAAUGUGAGAAUCUUAGAGCAUAUUAUAUGAUCUAGAUCUAAAGAUAAUAUAUUUUAUAUUAUUAGUUUUUAUAAAAUUAUGUUCAUAUUUCAAAUUAAAAAUGAUUUCAAUUUUUUGAAGUUUCACCCUAUUAUUACAAAAAUAACUAAAGAUGAACUAUGAAGGUAACAUAAUCUUAUCUGCUUUACAACUUACCAACAGAAAACCAUUUAUUUUACUAGGAAAUUAAAAAAAAAUACUUACUAAAAAAUAGAGGCAGACACAGAAGUGAAGACUGAAAACUAAUGAUAUAUCCGUAUACAUGUACACAGGCCGCUAUACUGCUCGUGUCAUCGCGAACAUGUCGAGGUCAUCAGUAAUGCGAACCCAUAAGCUUUUGCCAUUCCAAAAAUCGCUCAACGCGGCUAAAGAAGCUUUCACUUCAAAAAAUUAAACUGUUUGUGUUAAUAACAUUGCAAGUCACACAUUAUAGCGAACGACCACCAAACACCGGUCAUUUUUUUAUUAACAUUACAUAGAUACUUUGAGGGGUAUUCUUUUCUUUUAGUAAUUAAUGAAUUAUGCUGAAUCAUAUAAGUAUUAGUUAUUUAUCGAUUAUUUUAAUAUAUUAUAUUCACAAUAUUUUUAAGCAAAUGCAAUCACUGGAACAGCAAGACUAGUCCUUUAUCAAAGAUUCUUGUAAAUAAUAGAUACUCAUUGAAUAAGUAGAAAUAUAUAAUUUAUUUAGGAUUAAAUAAUAAAAUUUUAUUGGUCGUAAAUUAAAAUUCGUGUAAAUUAAAACGAGUAAGUCUCGAGUGUAACUAAUGUAGAACGUUUCAAUAAAUAACGUAUGAUGAUAACAUUUAUAAAAGUAACUGUUCUUCGUAAUCUACAAUAUAUUUGGACAAGUUUAGAUGUAUUUUCAUUUAUUUAUUACAUAGUGUAAUUUUUUUUUCAUCUGAGACAAGUAUUAUUAUUAUAAUUUAUAUUUGCGAUUGUUAUCACUUGGUGAAACUUCAGCUUCAUAUUUGUAAUUUGGAUACACACUUGUUUCACCAUAAUUAUUCAAAUUAUUAAAUAUUUUUAAUUAAUAAUUAAAAGCACGUUACUAGCGUGUAUUCAAAUCACAAAAUAAUAUUAGGUAUUUUUGUUUUACACAAACCAAAAUCAUAAUAUUACUAUUUCAUUUUAAAAUGUUUAAAUUCCCCAUUCUGCGAUAGAAAACAACAUUUUUAUUUAAUCUGUAACUGCGGGGCGAAUCAAGUUGGCUUCCACAAUAGUUACGGGAUAUGUAAUAGAAAAGUUUAGAAAUGAACGAAUGAAAUCAACUUUAAGUAACAUGACAGCUUAGUGACAGUCACAUGAGUUCACGUUGAGAUACAUACUAUGGAAUUUCUAUUAAUUUUAUAGUUUUUUUUUUUUUGUUAAUGUUAACAAUUCUAAGUAGACAGUAUACAAGUUGACAAAUUAUACCUGCGUAGUGACGCAGGUAUAAUUUGUAACAUGUUUUGUGUCUAAACUUUUCAAACAUACCUGCAAGAUUCACAUAAUUGUAAACCUAUCAACGUACGUAUUUGUCCCACUAUAGUUCGUGAUAUGAUUAUACCUACUCAGUAUGAAAAUGUAAAAUAUUUGAAUUAUUAAAAAUUAGUAUAUAGAGGUAAAGUUAACCUUAAAUUGUUUAAAAAAAAUAAUGCGCAUUUAAUAUAAUGCAAGUUUUAAACCUAAUCAGUAAGAAUGUUUGAGCAUUUGCAUAAAUAUGUAUUUAUAGAAUGCGUUUCCAUCACUGUUAAUAAUAAUUGAUGAUGAUAAUAUUUUCUUUAAUUAAUUUAUAACUGUAAUGUAAUGAUUUAUGUUUUAAUGUACCUAAAUAUCAAACGGCAGAGAUAUGGCAAGCAAUAUAUAAAUAACUUUUGUGAAACCGACAAUUCAAGAACCAGUGUUUUGAAAUUUUUUUGUAAUAUUAAAACCAGAAUAAUAUCAAACAAUGAAAUAGAACGAGUUCCGUUACUUGUAAAGUCUAAUAUUUUACACAAAAUCACUUUACUUUAAUAAUUGAUAGAGCAGGUUACCUUUGCAUUUUAUUGCAGUCAAUUGUUACAUCAACCAAUUUCUUUAGUUAACACUAAAAAUGAGUCUUGUAUUUGAUUUUAAGGUAUAAAUAUUAAUUUGUUAAAAUUUCAAACCAACAACGCAGCAACCAAGCGUGUCGAGAAAUUGAGCAUUGUUUCGGCAGCACUUACUGGAAAUGUAAGCAGCAUUACGUCUAUCUUCCUUAUUGGUCUGAGGUUUCAAUAGAAAAAAAAACUACGUUUAAAUGAAUUUAUGCAGCUUCGUAUGAUGCAUAAAUUAUUUCAAUAGAUGUAAAUCAAUGUUUAAUGAAAGUAUUAAAUUGUAUGUAUAUAUACUAUAUUAUAUGAGUACAUUAGAUAUUAUUUAAAAGAAGUGCAAUCGUACUAUUAUCGAUAAAAUGUAGUGAUAAAAUUAUACAAUUAACUGUAAUUUGUUAAAUAAAUUAUUUACCUAACAUUAAUUUGACUCACUUCUGUUCUUAUCGUUCGAAAUCAUAUAAUUUUUAAUUAUACUUUAAUUAAAAGUAGGUGUAAUUAUGCCAAAUAGGAGUAAUUGGAAUGUUUUCAAAAGAAAAGUUGAAAAACAUAAUGUUUUUUUUUUAAUGUACUCUAGCAUCGAUAUAGUAAUAUAAAUAAAACGCACAUUUUAUGAUAAAAAAAAUAUCUGCGAAACGAAACGCAACAACAUCCCGGAAUGUUCGCACAACUUAUUUUUAGUCUGUAGAAGUUGCAAUAUCUAUUUUUAUGUUUUCUAUUAACACCAACCAUGUAUGUAGUGAAAUCUUUGUUCGAGUUAGUUUUCAUUUAAGGAACGAACUACAUACUGAGAAUCUUCGAAUAUUAUUUCCCGACCUAGUUUAAGUGAAAAUGUUUACCAAUUUAUUCAUAAGUACGUGAAAUAUGUUUUAGUCGAUAGAUAAAUUAUAUUUAAUGUUUUAACGUUUAGUUACCUAUUUUUGUGAUCCAAUACAAUGUACGAGUCAUUAAAAUUUAUUAGACGAUAGUGAAAUUAGUUUUUAUUUAUUUAUUUUAUUGGUUUUUUAAUAAAUAUUUUUUAAAUAAUUAUUAUUUGAUGCAUGGGUCGAUUUUACUGAACCGUUUAGAAGUAGUGUACCGUUGCAUGGAUGUUACUGUAACUAUUUGAAAAUGAAUAAAAGAAAUGAAAUGU